CUGGAAGCAGGUUGCGUUGUUUCGGCCUGUAGUGAGCCAUGUUGGUUGCUGGAGGCAGGUUGCAUUAUUUUGGUCUCUACUGAGCCACGUUGGUUGCUGGAGGCAGGUUGCAUUAUUUUGGUCUGCACAGAGCCAUGUUGGUUGCUGGAGGCAGGUUGGAUUCUUUUGGUCUGUACAGAGCCGUGUUGGUUACUGGAGGCAGGUUGCGUUGUUUCGGCCUGUACAGAGCCAUGUUGGUUGCUGGAGGCAGGUUGCAUUAUUUUGGUCUGUACAGAGCCAUGUUGGUUACCAGAGGCAGGUUGCGUUGUUUCGGCCUGUACAGAGCCAUGUUGGUUGCUGGAGGCAGGUUGCAUUAUUUUGGUCUGCACAGAGCCAUGUUGGUUGCUGGAGGCAGGUUGCAUUCUUUUGGUCUGUACAGAGCCAUGUUGGUUACUGGAGGCAGGUUGCGUUGUUUCGGCCUGUACAGAGCCAUGUUGGUUACCAGAGGCAGGUUGCGUUGUUUCGGCCUGUACAGAGCCAUGUUGGUUGCUGGAGGCAGGUUGCAUUAUUUUGGUCUGCACAGAGCCAUGUUGGUUGCUGGAGGCAGGUUGCGUUGUUUCGGCCUGUACUGGGCCAUGUUGGGUGCUGGAGGCAGGUUGCAUUAUUUUGGUCUGCACAGAGCCAUGUUGGUUGCUGGAGGCAGGUUGCGUUGUUUCGGCCUGUACAGAGCCAUGUUGGUUACCAGAGGCAGGUUGCGUUGUUUCGGCCUGUACGGAGCCAUGUUGGUUGCUGGAGGCAGGUUGCGUUGUUUCGGCCUGUACAGAGCCAUGUUGGUUGCUGGAGGCAGGUUGCGUUGUUUCGGCCUGCACUAGGCCAUGUUGGGUGCUGGAGGCAGGUUGCACUAUUUUGGUCUGUACAUAGCCAUGUUGGUUGCUGGAGGCAGGUUGCAUUCUUUUGGUCUGUACAGAGCCAUGUUGGUUAUUAGAGGCACUUUGCGUUAUUUCAGUCUGUACAGAGCCAUGUUGGUUGCUGGAGGCAGGUUGCGUUGUUUUGGCAUGUACUGAGCCUUGUUGGUUGC